AUUCUGUUGUCUUUGUUUGUUCUUGAAUUUGGAAUCUCUCUCCUAAUGGCUCCUGCUGCUGUAUCCUUGUUUCUUUUUCUGGUUCUCACCACCCUUGAAAUUCUUCACUCUGCUGAUGAAGAAGAGUGGUGGGAUAAAAAGUGCCCGCCCUUUAAAUGCGGUAAUUUUACUGCACCUGGGUUCCCUUUCACUGAUAAGGGACGCCCAGAGUGUGGGUUGUUCCUAAUUGAUGGAUGCAACAAAACAGUUCAGAAGAUUCAACUGGAGAAGGUAGGAGGAAGAUGGUAUACACUUGAAGAAAUACGCAAACCGGAGAAGCCAUGGGAGAACAUCAUUACCAUUCAUGACGAUGUGCUUUUACAAUCCCUUGAUUGUGAAUUCUUUGUCAAUUUGCCUUAUUCCAACUAUACUUUUAUCUCAUGGCCAAAAGAAAAAAACUAUACUUCUAUCUCUUUCCAUAUUGUUUCCAGAGUUGCUAUUCUCAGUUGUAGCAAAAGCACUUCAAAUAUUACCAUCCCAACAGGCUUCACUCACUUAAACAGAAGCUGCAACAACCGCAAUGUAUACUAUAGGAUCCAUGAUGGAUUAGAUCCGGAUGCGAAACCGAAUGCUAAACCGAAUGCUAAACCGAAUGCACCUUCGAAUUGUUCUCUUGUAAUUGAUUCCCCCCUUAAAAACCUCGCUUCAUACACCAAAGACCUCUUUACACCAUUUACUGACAACUUAUCUAUUUAUAUACAUGUUGAAAUCGACCCUCCUAAACCUUGUGGUGGAUGUGGAAAAGGAGGCGAAUGCCCAAGUCCUUGUACCAAAAAUGGAAAAGGGAAUAGGAAAUCACCAUUGAAGCUAGGACUUGGAUUUGGAGGUUCAACUGUUUUUCUAAUUAUCUUGUCUAUCCUCAUCACAAAGCUUCGUGCCUACAAACAGAAUUAUGGCUCUUCAAACUUUACAAGAGGGAACACUUCUUCCAAUCUCUCCUGGACAUCAGAUCUGGAAGGGGCCGGUGUCUACUUUGGAGUGGGAGUCCCCCUCUUCUCUUAUGGUGAACUUGAAGAAGCCACCAAUAAUUUUGACCCUAAAAAAGAACUUGGAAAUGGAGGAUUUGGGACUGUAUACCAUGGAAAACUCAAAGAUAGGCGAGAAGUUGCAAUCAAGCGCCUGUAUGAUCACAACUACAAGCGUGUAGAACAGUUCAAGAAUGAAGUUCAAAUCCUAGCCCGCUUGCGCCACCAAAAUUUGGUCUCCCUCUAUGGCUGCACUUCACGCCACAGCCGUGAACUUCUCCUUGUUUAUGAAUUCAUUCCCAAUGGCACAGUUGCUGAUCAUAUCCAUGGAGAUCAAGCAAAACCUGGGUCAUUCCCCUGGCCUGUUCGCAUGAGCAUCGCCAUAGAAACUGCAACUGCAUUAGCUUAUCUCCAUGCCUCUGGGAUCAUCCAUCGUGAUGUCAAAACUAACAACAUUCUCCUUGACAAUAAUUUUUGUGUCAAGGUAGCAGAUUUUGGACUCUCCAGGUUGUUUCCCAACGAUGUCACUCAUAUCUCAACAGCUCCACAAGGAACUCCUGGCUAUGUCGACCCAGAUUAUCAUCAAUGUUACCAGCUCACAGAGAAGAGUGAUGUCUACAGUUUUGGAGUUGUCCUCAUUGAACUCAUAUCGUCAAUGCCUGCUGUUGAUAUCAGCAGGCACAGGCAUGAGAUCAAUCUGGCAAAUCUAGCAAUAAACAAGAUUCAAAAGAGUGCAAUGGAUGAGUUGAUCGACCCAACUCUUGGAUACAAGUCAGAUGAGAACAUUAGAAGCAUGACUACUUCAGUUGCAGGGCUGGCUUUUCAAUGCUUGAAACAAGAGAAGGAAAUGCGACCUUCAAUGGUUGAAGUACUGGAGGAACUGAAGAGAAUACAAGGACAAGAGCCCAAUCUAGACAAUUAUAUGGAGGGUCACCUCCAUAUUGAAGAGCUGAACAUUGUCCAGCCACCACCUUCGCCACAAACCUCUGAUGAGGCUGCACUUUUGAAGAAUAUUCGGCAGCUAUCUUCACCUACUUCAGUGACAGCCAAAUGGGUUAGCAGCAGUACGACACCUAAUAACAGUAGAUAAGGUUCUCUACCAUUUAGCUCCUUUUUUUUUUUCCUUUUUUUGUUUUGUUUUGUUUUUUUUUUUUUUCAGAGGAAUCUCCAUUUUGUUGUUUAUUUGCUUCUCUUGGUUUUGAGCGAAUGUACAUAGCUAUGGUCCUACAGAGGUGUGAAUAUGGCAUUUAAUGCUAGUCUUAUGCAGUUCAUUUGUUUCUUCCUACUACAAAACAAUACUUUCUACUCAGUACACUACCACAAACAGUUAAACUAAAGAUAUCAGAAACUGCAGAAGUCUGUGGAAUGGAUGGAGGAAACAGAGGAAGUCAUAUUUUGUUCUUCUGGUGACCGAAAACAGACAAAUUCUUGAAUCUAAUGUACUUGUUCUUUUCUACAAGAACAAGAAAAAGGAUGUCAAUUA